GUCAUUACCUUUACACGCAAGUGUAGGUAUUUAGUAGAAUUAUCAGAAUAUUCAUUCGAUAACAAUUGUUUGUGAGCAAGUGCGUCGUUGUAAAUAAAGUCAUUCAAAAGUAAUCAGUAAUCACAACUGUUGGGUAUCGAUAUCGAAGUAUAGAUCAAGUAGAUGCACAGACUGAGUGAAUUUGUUCUAGUUGCAUAAAGUUAAACAUCAGACGCUUGUUUCUAUGAUUCUAUGACCUCAUUUAAAAAAAUAAUUUAUCGAACCGAAGCUUAUUUCUUGUUGCAAAAUGUAUAUUAGACAUGGGAUUUGUUUUGCUAUUAUUAUAACUGCAAAUGUGGUUCACGUAAUGAAAACUACAAGCGAAAUCGUUCAGAUUGAACUGUGGCAAGACGAACCUCCAAAUGGUCCCGGCCCAUCAGGACCUGAACGAGUUACAUCAACUGGAAUACAUAGUAACAUUGCUAAGCCCCGUCUAAUUGUGCACACGCCUGAAAAUCCAAAUGGUGCUGCCAUGCUGGUGAUCAGCGGAGGUGGCUACAAGUCUAUAGAAUUAGGAAAGGAGGGAACCCCAGCAUCAAGAUGGCUGGUGUCGAUAGGCGUAACUGCUUUCGAAUUGGUAUACCGUUUACCCUCUGAAGGAUGGUCGUCAGUUGAUGUACCUUUUCAAGACGGCCAACGAGCAAUCCGGCUUAUUAGAAAUAUGGCUACAAAGUUAAGCAUUCAUGACCAUAAGAUAGGCAUCAUGGGAUUUUCAGCUGGAGGCCACCUAGCCGGUUUGAUCCAGACUGAACCAGCCAAUCGAUUCUACACACCAACUGAUUCAUAUGAUAGACUUUCUGCACGUCCAGAUUUUGCCGCUCUGCUUUACCCUGUCAUCACCAUGCUGCCACCUUACAACAAUACCCACGCAGAGGAAGAGAUUCUUGGGAAACACUCUAAACGAAGACAGCAGGAACAUUAUUCAGUUCAAUUGCACGUCAACGAUCAAACUCCACCAACAUUUGUGGCCCAUGCUCUUGACGAUCCUAUUGCAAAUGUUGAAAACAGCAAGCUCAUGUUUGGUGCUCUGCGAAAAUAUAAUGUCACUGCUGAACUGCACCUCUUUACCACAGGAGGUCAUGGAUGGGGCUUAGGAUUACCCGGAACGCCAGAACAUGUAUGGCCAAAGCUAUUUGAAAUUUGGGCGAAAGUCAACGGAUUUUUUAAAAAUGAAUAGACUCGAAAUAUCGUGGCAAUUGUUUCAGUGUGCACUUUUUGUUGGGUACUUACUCUGUGCAUGACGAAGCGCAAAAGUACAGUAAGGCCAAAUCAAUUAAGUUACAAUCGUAUAUGGCUUGAAUUUUGACUACAAAAUUAUUUUUAAGACAUUUCUAUCAGUUUUAAGCGAAAACAAUGAGGCUGGACACUAAAUAUGUUAUGAAAAGAAUUCACGAUUUCCAAAGUAAAAGAGUUCUUAUAGUGUCCCAUUUUUUAUCGCAUUUGAACUAAAAAAUAAAUUUCGUCCUUGGUACUGGUACUGGUAACUUCAAUUGUACCAUACGAAGAACCACAACAAUUUAAGAGCAAUCACGGUGGGGCUGAACGAACUUUAAAUAAAAGUGUA